AUGGCUCCACCAGAGGUCGACCCGCAGAUCAAAGCUCGUGGGAGGGACGUGCAUUGGUAUAAAGCGGACAUAGGAGAGAUCAGUGAACCGGCUCGACGGCUCUUUGAGAACUAUAGUAGGAUACCCCCAGACGCAGUAGUCCCACACAUUGCGGAAAUUAGAGAUCGCGCUUGGAACAUAUUUCCUUAUCCCUGCAUAGGCCAAUGCCGUUUCCUUGACCUCUCGAUUUCCCUUUCUCCCCUCUAUCCGACCAUCCUCCGUCGUCUCAAGGAAUCCAACCACCUUCUUUUAGACCUCGGCUGCUGCUUUGCACAGGAUAUCCGCAAGCUCGUGUCCGACGGAGCACCGAGCGAGAACGUUUUCGGGGCAGAUUUGAGGCCGGAAUUUGUAGAUCUUGGAUACGAUCUUUUCCGUGAUAGAGACACGCUGAAGAGCAAGUUCUUAAUCGGAGAUAUAUUCGAUGAGACUACUGGUUCGACAUUCAGAGAGUUUGAUGGCAAGGUUGACAUCAUCUACGCAGCGAGCUUCUUUCAUCUCUUCAAUUGGGAGGACCAAGUUGGCAUGACGGAGCGAGUUGUGCGCUUGUUAAAGCCAGUCGAAGGCUCACUCAUUUUGGGAAGGCAAAGAGGGAACGUCAAUUCUGGAGAGUAUGAGCAUCGAACGAACUCAAAGGCAACUAUGUUCAGACACAACGAGGAGAGCUGGAAGGAGAUGUGGAAGCAGGUAGGUAAGGCAACGGGGUCAUUAUGGGAUGUGAAGGUGUGGUUGGAAAAGGACGAGGACUUUGGGCGGUACGGGAAGAACGAUGGGAACAUCAAGCUAGAUUUAGGAGAUAGAGGCCUGAGGUUUGAGGUUUCUAGAAUAUGA